AUGGAUUGCCUGGUGGCUUGGAUUCUUCUGUCUCUCCUUCAUCACCUGAACCUGGCGACAGAACUCACCUUUCGACUAGAAGAAGAGGUUUCCAGUGGAAAGGUUGUCGCGACUAAUUCAGACCUCGCCUCCCUUCUCUUGAACCCCGAUGCUCUGCCGGUGAUUAUAAACAGGAAGUCGCCAGGGGCAUCGAGUUUCAGUUUUGUCAAACGCGCUCAAUCCGGACUGGAGUUGGUGGUCUCUGGCCGAGUGGAUCGAGAAGCCAUUUGUCCAACCAAGGGUGUGGUUUCCGGUGGUCUCCAACAUGACACCUCAACACGUCCCAUCUUCCAUAUUGAGGAUCCAGGUCGUAUUCUACCUUUCCGUUCCACAUUCCACGACUACGAUGCAAUUUCUUCCAAUUCGCCUCCCUCGGACUGUAUUGUUUCCCUCCGCGUUGCCAGCAGUGAUAAAAUUUUCAACAUUAAGAUUGAAAUUAUGGACGUUAACGAUAAUGCACCUUCGUGGAACAGCUCAACACUUCAUCUAUCUCUUCGGGAUGGCGAUCCCGUGGGCACGGUUCUCUAUCUACCGCUGGCAGAGGAUGAGGAUGUUGGGCUGAACGGUGAAAUAACUUACAGCCUUCAAGCAGUCGAUGAUGACUUAAACGGUGGCUUGAGUGGAGGUCAUCGGCAAAGUGGAUCCCAGUUGGGUUGGUUCGAGUUGAUCAAGCACUCCGAGAGCCCAGCAGCUCAAAGAAUUCCUGGUGUUUUGCUCCCACAUCAGGCCAGUGAUCAAAAGCUGGCUUUGCGAACAAAAACUCUGAUUGAUAGGGAACAGUUGCAGGAGAUAAUUCGACUCAACUUGGUGGCAAGGGAUGCUGGGACACCGACACCUCAACAGAGCUCGCUUAAAUUAGUGAUAAAUGUGACUGAUGUGAAUGACAAUGCACCGAUGUUUGAGAGACCAGUCUACAAGGUGGACAUCCUAUCCGAAGAUGCACCAGUUGGAAGAACUUUGCUUCAACUCCACGCGAAGGAUAUGGAUAGCGGACCAAACGCUGAACUCACCUACAGGUUUGAGAGUAAUGGUCAACCCAUGCUUGAGGUGAUUCGACACUUCUUUGAAAUUACUCCCAGUGGGCAACUAAAGAUCCUCCGUCGGUUAAAUGUGGACAAAAUUGACGGAGAACAGAAUUUGCCAUCCUCAACUCUCAUCGCCUUUGGUGUCGAGGCAGUGGAUGGCGCUAGUCCGCCUUAUGCACUCACUGGACGAACCACAAUCCAACUUCAAAUAAGCGACACAAAUGACGAAGCACCACGAAUUCAAGUGUACCCAGUUCAUCCACCCAAAGAGCGACCAGCAGGAAGUGCCAACACUGUUGAAACUACAGCUCAAGAGAGUGGAAGCAGUGAACAACUUUUAGCAUUGGUUGAAGUCAUUGAUCCCGAUAUGGACGGACUUGAUACAGUGGAAUGCCACCUCAAGGGAAGUGUUCCUGAUUAUUUCCAACUUACUUCCACACCUUCCACUUCGGGAAAGGGGGAGUAUUCGCUCAUGACGAAUGCACGUCUGGAUAGGGAGACAACUCCACGUCUCGAGGUCUCCAUUGUCUGCCGAGACUCAGCAGGUCACGUAAGCAAACAGGAUGUGGGCAUAAACCCCAUUGAUGUCAAUGACAACGCUCCAAAGUUUGAUAAACCCUUCUACGAGUUUUUCAUUGAAGAAAACGAUGGAGAAGCCGAGGUUGAUGAUGCCAUUUUUCCGUUGAACGACAAACGACCUGUUCGCGGUCAAGAUGGCGAGAGUGGUGUACACGCAUGGGAUGUGGAUGCUGGCGAAAACUCAAGAAUUUCAUACCAUCUGGAGCCAGAUCCUCGGGAUCAAUCCUCUGUGUCGUAUUUCUCGAUUGACCAGAACACUGGUGCUCUAUUCGCCGUAGUUCCACUUGACCGAGAAGCUAAAAGUUGGCACAAAUUCAUUGCAGUUGCCUCGGAUCACGGUGAUCCAACACUGUCAACUAAUGUAGAGGUGUUGGUGCAUGUAGAGAAUCUGAACGACAAUGUACCUCAAUUUAUCAACCAGUUGGUUCCAGAGGCUGGCUACUCCUUUUCACUUGACGAGAAUGAAUCCCCAGGGAGAUUUGUGGGUCAGAUCACGGCAGUGGAUGCGGACGAUGAGGAGACGAUGGAUGGAAAUGAGGCAUUCAGUUGGCCACAUUUGGGUAAUUUCAGAGCCCUGGGCAGUCGAUCGGGUCAAGCGUCAACCAAUCGACUUAUAUACACUUUGGGAAGUGAACCAGAUGCUGCCGUCUUUAGAAUUGACAAGUACUCAGGAAAUAUCACCACGAGGGAGCGUUUGGAUCGUGAGAAACAGAGUACCUACACUUUCCGAGUGUUUGUAAGUGAUGGAUUUCUGCCCGAGGCUUCAGUAGAAGCCUCAUUAAAUCAACGUUGGACGCCGCCUAAAAGUCGUGUGCAUACGGUGGCUACCUCAGUAGUGGUUAAUCUGCGUGAUCAGAACGACAACCGUCCUACCUUUCUACAGCCAAAUGCAACAAGUCAUCUCAUCCUCCUGGAUCCAACUGCCACACCGGGUCGUUCUCUGAUGCAGAUAAUCGCUACAGAUCCCGACGAGGGUGAAAACGGCAAAGUGACAUACUCCAUUGUUGAUGGAAAUGCUGGAGGCAUUUUCUUUGUUGCUCCAGUGGAGGGUUUGCUCUACCUGAAUGGGCAGAUUCCACGACGCACCAUUGAGAAAGCCAUCUACGCCUCAGCUAGUGCUGCUGCCACUGCUUCGACCACCAAUAGCGGGAUGAAAAAAGAUGAAAGCAGAGGAGGAUGGCACUCCGAUGUUGCAGGCGCUGGCCUGAUCAAGGAGGACUCCAGCGAGGUGCCUGCUCAUCCCACUUAUGUGCUCAAGCUGGAGGCUUGCGACGCAGGAACACCGAAGCAGUGCUCCUACUUCCCCAACCUCCAAAUUCAGGAAGUAUUGCUUGCUUUCCAUCUCUCUAUCUUCUUUCUCAACUCAGAAGAGGAUCAGGAGAUUCUGACUAGAUCGUGUCAUGAGGCAAAGCUGCGCGUUGCAUCAGAGCACAGCGGAGGGGCAAACGGAGGUGCUAGCGGUGGCGCCGGACUGCCACCAGUAGGCUACGCGGACCACUUGGACGUUUUCGGUGGCAGCGAUAAGGACAGGCGCCUCGGGUGGGGUCGUAACUCCCUUGUGGAGCAAGUCAUAAUCGGUCUCACUGUCUUCUUCGCUGUGGUUGUUCUUGUCGCUCUGCUAAUUGUCUUCCUUAUGCGAGGUGGUGGCGGCAGUGCUGGUGCCUUCGCCUCCUGUUCCAUCUGCAUUUCGAGGAAGGGUAAUAAAACCACCGAAAAAAUAAAGCAGGCGCCAAUUGGGGGACAGCUAGGCGAAUCAGAGAUUCCAAGAUCCGUUCCGUGCCGAUCGGAAGAGUACCUCAGCAGUGCCUCAUCCGGUCGACUGGAGGGGCACUUUGUCGAUCCUCAUCAGGGAGCUCGCAUUCUCCCCGCAAUACCCUUCUCACCCGUGCCUCAGGCUAUGAUCGACUGCUCCCCUUAUCGAGAUGGUUAUCAACUAGGGAAUGAGAUUCUCUAUCCCCAUUCACAGUCCAUUCAACAGUCUACCAGCUAUGGCAUCCUGGGCCCUACAUCACUUAUCAACUCUAGACCGGUUGUGGGACCUAUUCAACAACAGGCGCAUUGUGGACAAGACGACUAUCAAUGUCUGGAUCCAGCCGCUAGCCGUGGGAAAAUCAUACCGACAACGAGUUGUGAAGCCUACUAUCAGACAAAUCACCCGGCAGGUGUCUGGGACCUUCGCUACCAAUCCAGUGUCACCACCUCAUGGCCACGGAAUCAGAACACGCAUCCCGGCUUGUCGCACUACGCAGCCGGUACCACAACUACCGCGGCUACUGAAGGUGAGGGUGGAGAUUGUGGCAGUGGCAGUCUGGAACUUAUGAAGAAUCCCUUCCCUGAUGAUGAUGUUGAGCGAAACGAGGGUUUACCAACCCCUCCAUUAGCUCUCUUGACUACCACGACUUCCAAUACUUCAGCGGCCUCGCGCUCAAGGACCCUCAUUUUCCCCAAGGCCACUUUUGUUUGA